GUCUUAUUUACUUUAUUAGUUUAAAAGUACAGGUUAAAAUGUUGUUUGGCUAACGAUAAUGUAUAAAAAUUUCUCAAAAGAGCUACGGCCAUAUAGGAAUGGAAUAUAAUACCCAAAUGCCGGUUAUCCCACGUCAAACAUGGAAAGCUGCCCAUGUGGUCCACCGGAAACGGAUACACAGUCCAGUUACUUCCGUCUUCUUCACGUCCACAAACACACGGACUUGUAGUGAUACAGACAGCUGUUCAGAUUUGAUCUGUCAACUGCAACUACAACACAUGCAAGAGCUGCCGGGCUACUUGGCAGAUAUAAGAUACAAUUUCCUGAUAGGAGGAGAUGGACGAGUGUACCAAGGAAGGGGCUGGACAGUACAACCCACCCUCCCCUUUAGAUACACAAAGUUUGGCAGGAGUAGCAUAUACAUUGCCUUCAUCGGGGGGCUAAGAGGUGAUUCACCACCCCCUUGUAUGCUCGACGCACAAGACAACCUCAUUAAGUACGGAGUAUACAACGAUUUAAUAUCCGCGAAGGUAACAGAAUUCACCCUCCGGAAUGCCCGUCGGUGAAGGUGACUUGGAAGAAUAUUGAUGUGCAUGGUGAAGUGGGACUAAGCUAGCCUACUAUAACUAUAUUAUGAUUAUUCACAAAGUCAACCAUACAAAAAUAUUUUUGAGAACAGAAAUCAAUUUAAAUUGUGUUUGUAUCAUACUUUUGGAGUUCAUGGUGUUUAAACCAGUCAUAUUAUAAAUAUGAUUUUUCUUGAGUUUAAGUUGGUAA